AUGGCGAAGUGGGGCAAGGGUGAUCCACGAUGGAUUGUAGAGGAACGACCGGAUGCUGUCAAUGUUAACAAUUGGCAUUGGACGGAGAAAAAUGCUACCCCAUGGUCAAAACAACGCUUGAAAGAAUUGCUAGAGAAUCAAGUGUACGAGAAAGACUCAACGGAGUUCACGAAAUUGGAUGGAGAAGCCACAGCAAACAAUCGAAAAGCUAAAUUGAUUUUUCUCUUUGAAUGGGCCAUUGAACUAGCAUUCGAAGCAAAAGUUGCUGGUUCGGAUGUUCAAUACAAAGGAUCCGUUGAAAUACCAAAUUUAAGUGAUGAAAAUGAAGCCGGUGAAGUAGAUAUAACUCCGAUAUUAAGUAACGGUGGACUUCAUGAAGACCAUAUUCGGUAUCUUUUAAAGAAUGAAGUAGCAGAAUUUUUGCGAAAGCAGUUAGCAGUUUAUAUUCGAGAACUGAAAGAGGAAUUCAGCAAAGGUUUGAUACUACCAACCGAUCGUCCAAAGCCACAAGUGGUUUGCAAAGGAAAGACAACCUUAGGGCAGAAAAGCAUUGAUAAGAAAGCAUUCCAGAAUCACGUGGUGCGGUUUUUUUUAGAAACAACUAAUAUUGAUACUAAGGUGCUCUCAUUUUCGGAAUCGUUUAAAGUACAGCCAGAUCAGUUAUGGGACUUGCUUACGAAAAUCGAAAUGGUAAAAAAGUGGUCGAAUAGUGAUGCAGUAUUUGAUCUCAAACCUCAAGGGUCUUUUACAUUAUUUGGUGGCACAGUAACUGGCCUAUUCACUGAAAUUGUUCCUUUCAAAGAACUUGUAAUGAAGUGGCGAUUAAAAUCGUAUCCAUUUGGGUUUUUCGCAAAUAUCACCUUCAGAUUAGAAGAUAAGCAAGACUGCACAAUGCUGACUGUAGAGGGAACUGAUAUUCCAGUGGCGCAGUUCGAUGAUACUGAAAAAGGACUGCGACGUUUCUAUAUACAUAACAUAAUGAGGACAUUUGGCUUAGGCGUCCCUGCUUUUUGA